CGCGGCCCCGCCCCCGUGUCCCCACCCAACUCUUUUAAUGAAAUCAAGCUGGCCGAGGCGCGGCAGCGCGGCAGAGAGCGCGGCACUGCCGGGAGCACCACCUGGCGAGACACCCGCUGAGCCGCACGGUCCCAGGCGCGAUGGUGGUCUCGGGCCUCAUCCUGACGCUGCUGCUGCUACUUCGGGCCCUGGCGGGGGCCGCCUACUCCGUGCCCCUCCCGGCCGCCUUACUGGAAGACCUGGGGGGCAGCGGGGAGGCCGAGGGCUCGUCGGCCUCCUCCCCGAGCCUGCCACCGGCGGCGGCCCGGACCCCGGCCCUCAGUCCCACGCCCCUGGGGCCCCGGCCCACGGUCCUGGCGGGCCCCCGGCCGCCCACCAACUUGCUGGACGGCAUCAAGGAUUUCUUCCGCCAGUACGUGAUGCUCAUCGCCGUGGUGGGCUCCCUCGUCUUCCUGAUGAUGUUCAUCGUCUGCGCCGCCCUCAUCACCCGCCAGAGGCACAAGGCAUCCGCCUACUACCCCUCGUCCUUCCCCAAGAGGAAGUACGUGGACCAGAGCGACCGGGCCGGGGGCCCCCGGGCUUUCAGCGAGGUCCCCGACAAGCCUCCUGCCGGCCGGCCCGAGGAGGCUCUGGACUCCUCCCAGCAGCUGCAGGCUGACAUCCUGGCUGCCACCCAGAACCUCAAGUCCCCGGCCAGGGUGGGUUCAGGCAGUGGGGACGCAGCCCGCGGGGAGGGCAGGGCCCAGGAGGAGGCGUCCGCCGAGCCGGGCUCAGCAGGGCCAGAGGCUGGAGGCCCGGAGGCCGGAGAAGGCCCAGGGGAGCCCGAAGCCGUCCCCUUGCUAGCCCAGGAGGCCGGGGGAGCGGCGGCCCCCCCCGACAGCCCCUGUGAACCCAGCACUGUCCCCCCCAGUGUCUAAGCAGCCCCCCUGACAGUCGGGCCGGAAGGCACCUCUGUGGGCCAGGUUGGAGCCUGUCCUCGGACCCCAACACCCCGAGCCUGCCCCAGACCCCCCACAAACCUCCAGCCCAGCCCCAGCCGCUGGGGAGCAGGUGGGAGAGGGACACGGCCCCGUGACCGAUGGACCCAGGAAAUCAGCUGCGCUGGCGGGGGGGGGCGGGGAAACAAGGGAAGGGGGUGCCCCUGACGUCAGCAUCCGCUCCCCUGCUCAGGGGCCGUCCCCAGCCCCGACGACACGGAGGCUCCUGGGCAGGACUCACCCAGAAGCUUC